GUGCACAGUAACAUAAUCACAAUAACAAGUAACUGUUUAAUCCUGAAUUUCUUUCACAUUGUGAACACACUGUGUUUUAGUGCUGAAUGAGCAACAUCCCUUUGUAAUCCAUGUUAUAAACAUUAGCCUAACUUACCUUUAUGAAAAGAAAUCGUGUUAAAAACAUGAGCUAAAUAAACAAGACGUGACACUUGAAAAAUGCUGGAUUCUGUCCCUGAUAGAAAGUGAUCGCUACAUGAGAAAUCUGUUUCUUGAGGGAUCUCACUGCUCUGUUUUCAUUUUUUAUUGCAGGAUCUUUAGGAAUCCUAUAAAACUAUUUCCACUUUGCUUGUUCCCAACUAUUUCGGCUUCCUGGGGCACAACAACCCGAGGUUAAUUAGUUGCGAUUAGAGAAAUGCACUUUCCUGCAGGGUGAUGUCUAUUCUGAAAUAGACAACAUUCAAACGUCACCACAACGUGGCAGACACCGUCAACAAAUUCCAAUUCUGCAUUUCACAGAUGUAGCUGGACCUGUGACCCAGUGCGAACUUCGCCUCUUUCGACCUUGUUGGCACAGUUGCCUAUUCAUGUCAGUGACUGUGGAGAAGCAAUAAAGUCAUCUUCAGAGAACAGAGACUCGGCCCUCCCGUACCUCCUGCUAUAAAUAUUCACUCGACACCUCCCCGUCCCCACUUAGGGUCUCGUAUUAGAUGUCAGGGGCUGGGCUCAAAGGGUGGGAGCCAUAGAUUACAUUGAGGUGUCAGUCGGGGUCACUGACGGUUUCGUGGACGGCAUCUGUUGAAGCUUCUUACUGGCUCGCUGACUACGUGCACAAGUUAUCCUUAAUUCGAGAUGUUGUGCCUGGCUUCGUGCAGAUUCCUACUGGCAGUUGCUGGCAGAGGUUCCUUGCUCUUGUGUGCCGUGUAGCUGCAGCUGGGCUCACAGAAACUUCUAGACGGCAAACAAGGUCAAGUUCAAGAGAGCAACAACGACAGCAGGUAUGUUUAAUGUGACGAAUAUGGCUGGGCUCGCUAAGGAGAAGAGUGGAACCAAUGGUCAGUUCAUGGGCGGCUCCAACAGGGCACCCACCAUCAUCCGUCUUCGGGACAUUUACGAUCCCAAGCCUCAGCCUCCGAAAGCUCCUGUUCGGAUCAGGCCUCCAAGUCCCAGAGUUCCCUCGGUAAAGGAGCCCGAUAAAAAGCCUACCUUUCGCAGCGAUCCUCCAACCAAGACAGUCAUGAGGAGACGAGCUCAGUCUCUUCCUUCUCCUGCAGAGAAGAGGAAGACAUUUAGGAGCUUGCAGGUUCGCUUUGUGGACUCACUGGGUCUUGAGUUGGAGCAGGUAAAGGUCUUCAAAGUCCAAGAGCACCCCCUAAUACCUCAACAUGUGACGUUCAGGUUAAUGAUGAGCUCUGAACUGGCCUUCGGGAAGUCGCGGGAACUGUCCCUGCCUUACUUCAAGCCCUGCUUCCCUGAAAAUAUGAGAUCUCAGCCGGACUUCCAGAAACGUCUGCAGACCCAGAGCGUGUGUCUGGAGCAGGUCCUGUGUUUGGAGCAGGGGAUAACAGGAAGCAUACGAGUACUGAAUUUAGCUUAUGAGAAACAGGUGAGAGUGCACUACUCUUUCACCAACUGGAGAACACACGCAGACACAACGGCAUCCUGGGUAUCGAGUGGGGAACCAAACGUUCCAGAAACAGAUAUCUUCAGAUUUCUUCUGCCUGUCCCACCUUUCAUCUUGCAGCCGGGAGCCAUGUUGGAAUUUGCCAUCUGUUACCAUGUGAAAGGAUCUGAUUACUGGGACAACAACAAUGGCCAUAAUUACAAACUGUCAUGCCAUAGCUACAAAGUGACAGUGCCAAGGGAGUGUGAGGACAGCAUGCUGCAUUUCACCUGAGUGGCCACUUGGGUGAGCUGUAACACUUGCACACUUGAGAUACUGUAGACAGAAAACAUUAAGAAGGCUGAACAGCAACCCUUAACAAGCUGGAAUAACGUAACGUAUUAUAAUUUCCUGCUUAGUGCAUUUUAAGAUACGCCACUUUAUUAAAGUAUUUGCACAUCACACCACUGUAUGUCUUUACUACACCACAUUUCCAGAAGCACUCCACUACACCUGACCUGUAGCUACAGGGAAUGAUCUUAUUCAAAUGUUACAUUUAUAUAUGUGAUGAGCUAAUAAAAGAUAAAUGUACACCCAUGGAAUAAUGCUUUUAUAGAUAACAACAUAGUUUGAAUAUUCAAAUAUUCAAUAUUCAUAUUUGCUAAUAUGAUAUUUCUCUUCUAAGUAGCGUUUACUUGGACUUGUAAUGAAGUGUCAACCAGGUAUGUGUAUGUUUUGGUCAUUGGAUUUCUCGGAAGAAAAGGAUGUUUAAAAAGUAAUUAAAAUUUUGAAAAAUUUAAAUUCAAAACAUUUUUCUUUAUCAGGAUCGAGACUGGAUAAACAAAACUUUAAAAGACAGUCGAUUUUCAUGUACUGCUUCUAAAAACCAGAAAUAAAAUCGUUAGAAGACAGAAACAAAAAAAGGCGCCCGUUUUUUUGUUUUUUUUUUGUGCGGCCGGAAGUUGUCGUUUUCAAAGUAAGAGCACGUAUGAGAAGCUGAUGGACAUGGAUCGGUACGUUGAUCGGUACGAGUCAGUGAAGAGGAGAUAGUUGCAGAAAAACUAAGCCGCUUAUUUCAGCUAAUAAAUAACUACAUAUAAUCAGGGGAUAGUUAACUGCUGGCUAACAAUACUCGGAUAUGCAUGCAGAGAUUUCUGCAGAUAACAAGCCUUGUUUUUGUUUUCAAAAAUCACGUCAGAGUAAGGUCCCAAAGACAUUUUAUUCUGGGCGAGGGAAACCACAUAGAAGUCAUAUUUGGACGCUCUUGACUAAAACACAGCUCAUACAUGCUCUUACUUUGAAAACGACAACUUCCGGUUUCAAAAUGAAAAAAAACAGAAAAAUGGUGCUUUUUUUGUUUCUGUCUUCUGACGAUUUUAUUUUAUUUUAUUUUUAUAAACACAAAAUGAAAGUAGACCGUUUUUUUAAGUGUUGUUUUAUACAUUCUUGACCGUGAUAAAAAAAAUCCCUUGAAUUUCAAUUUGAAUGUUUGAAUUUUAGAAUUAAAUUCAAACAACCACUCAUUUUUGGUUUUAUAAUAUCUUUUCCUGAACAGAAAAUCCAAUGACCAAAACAUAAACAGACCCGGCAGCUGUAGAGCCUUCCUCUGUUUAUGACUGGUAGAUGCUCUAAUAAGAAAAAAGUAAAAUGUGACAUUUUAACUCUUUGGUAAUUGUAUUGAUGUAUGUAUGAUGGCCAGACAGAUUGUAAAGAAUGUAAUAUAAAGGUGUAAAAGCA